AUGCGAAUUACCCUGUUUAGACCGGGCGUGACAGGCCGUGACUGUUCUCGUUGCCAGGAACGCCACGCUUUCAUCAACCGGAAGUGCACUUUACUCCGCGAAUUCGUCGGCGGUCUUGCUGUUGACCCAUCGGAUCUGAACAUUCUCGACAUCCAGGGAAAGAGCAAAUACGCCAGAGAAGCCGAUGCGGUCGUCGAUGAGGCGAAUUUCAUGGGAGAACGAGCCGCCCGCGCCGAGCAAGACAUUCUGAAUUACACGACGAGGGCUGAUGGGAUAUCUCGAGAUGCACAGGCUGCAUUCAAACAAUCAUUCAACACCACGCAAUUCUUGAAACACUUUGCGAGAUACGGCGGAAUCUCGGUGGGAGCCGGACAAGUCGAACUCUGGGCUGCUGAGGCUGAGGCUCACCAGAAUGCCACCAUUGAAAGGGGCCGCUAUGUGGAGAAGAGACACGGAAGAGUCCAGGGCGCCAAGACAAAAACCGACGAGCUGAUGAAGAAGGUGCUGCAGUUGAAGCUGAACGACACGGCUUUCGAGGAGAUCAAUCAGCGCCUCGUCGACGUGGAGGGACUCGUUGAAGAUUUCCGGACCACCGUCAAUGCCCGUUCGGAAGUGUCCCAAGCCCGUGAAGGCCAACUCCUCGAUGCAUACGAUAGCUAUCAGAAGAUCAGAGAUAGUCUGGCGGCUGCUGCUGAACACGCCAAUACACUCACCAAUCUGUCGAACAGCUACGCCCAACUGACUGACGAGUACGAUGACGCCUAUGUACAACCAUCAUCGAAACACGCGAUGGAAUUGGCAAAACACUCUAAAAGGGUCGGGGAUGCUUUCAGAACGACGAAAGCGGAAGCGGCAAAUCCACUCAAGGCCUCUGCUGCCUAUGAUGAUAUUGUUGGAGCACUCAGGAAUGCGACUAUGGCUGUCGAAAAGGCACAGGAAGCCGUGACCGAAUCCCAUAAUCUGGCCGUCGGAUCUGGUGAAGAAGAAAAGGAGAAGGGAUUGGCUAUUCUGGUGGCUGGCAGUCAAGAGUACAGUACCGUACUCUCUGGAGAGGCCGCAUCGAUUCAGCGAAUCUGGUCGUCAGAAGAUCUGGCUGGAAAGGGAAAAGCGUUGAAGGAAAGGCUGAGUCUUGUCAAUGAGCAGAUCAUCGAUAUGACGAGGAGGAAGGACGCUAUUAGACCCCAGCUCGAAAACUUUGACGAUCAACACGAGAGAAUGGGUGGUCUGCAACAAAUGGCUGUAGAGACCGCCCCAUCAUCUGCCAAUCGUUUCCACGUCAAAUUCCGCCCUCUAAAGGGAGUCCCGGAUGCUGUUAUUUUCUCGACUCGAACGAAAGGAAGAAGGACACAGGCCAGCGAAUACGUUGCUGUUGAGGUUGUCGACCGUCGCGUCGUGGCCCAUUGGAAUAUUGGAGGCGGCAAGAAGAAG